AUGGCUCCGAAGAAGGUGGAACCGAAGAAGACGGAAGUGAAGAAGCCGGAGGUGAAGAAGGAGGAGGUGAAGAAGGAGGAGGCGGCCCCGGCGCCCCCCCCUGCCGCCGCCGAGGCGGAGCCGCCGCCCCCGGUGGUGGUGGAGUUCAGCCCGGAGCAGGUGGAGGAGUUCCGGGACGCCUUCACGCUGUUCGACGAGACGCCGGGCGGCGAGAUGAAGAUCCGGCUGGCGCAGUGCGGCGACGUGCUGCGGGCGCUCGGACACAACCCCACCAACGGCGAGGUGCUGAAGCUGCUGGGCCGGCCCAAGGCGGAGGAGCUGAACUCCACCCUCAUGGACUUCCAGGCCUUCCUGCCCGUGCUGCAGCAGGUGGCCAGGAGCCGGGAGCAGGGCGGCCUAGAGGACUUCGUGGAGGGCCUGAGGGUCUUCGACAAGGAGGGCAACGGCACGGUGAUGGGGGCGGAGCUCCGCCACGUGCUCGCCACGCUGGGCGAGAAGAUGACGGAGGACGAGGUGGACCGGCUGAUGGCGGGACAGGAGGACGCCAACGGACACGUCAACUACAGCGACUUCGUCAAGCACAUCCUGGCCGGCUAGAGCCGCAGAGCUCCGCCUCCUGCUGCUGCUCCUCCUGCUGCUCCUCCUGCUGCUCCUCCUCCUGCUGCUCCUCCUGCUGCUCCUCCUGCUGCUCCUCCUGCUGCUCCUCCUCCUGCUGC